GAACAGCUCAUCCUUCCCAUCAUGCAGUUGGAUUAAGCAUCAAGCAUCAUGGCGCUCAUCUGUUCAAUUUCCAAUGAAGUCCCGGAGCACCCAGUGGUCUCACCCAUCUCCGGACAUGUGUUUGAGCGGCGGCUGAUUGAGAAGUUCGUGUCGGAGAAUGGAACAGACCCAAUGAAUGGAGAGCCUCUCAGUUCUGACCAACUGGUAGAGAUAAAAGUGCAACCCACAGUGAAGCCGCGCCCACCGUCAGCCACCAGUAUCCCAGCCAUUCUGAAGGCCUUACAAGAUGAGUGGGAUGCCUGCAUGCUGCACAGUUUCACACUCAGGCAGCAACUGCAGACUACUCGCCAAGAGUUGUCUCACGCCCUGUACCAGCAUGAUGCAGCAUGUCGUGUGAUCGCACGCCUGACUAAAGAGGUGACGGCAGCGCGUGAGGCCCUGGCAACCCUGAAGCCCCAGGCUGGGAUCGCUGUCCCCGCCCCUUCAGUCCCCGCAGUGGCGCAGCCUGCAGCUGCAGCAGAACCCAUGGAGAUGGCUGCAGAACCCGGGGAGGAAGGCAUGACUGAAGAGAUCAUACAGAAGCUGCAAGACAAGGCAGCAGUGCUGACUGCAGACAGGAAGAAGCGUGGUAAGAAGGUACCAGAAGAACUGAUGCCAGCAGAAAACUUGUCCAACUUCAAGCAACAGGCAUCACAUCCGGGUCUGCACAGUGCCAGUAUCCCAGGGAUCCUCUCUAUGGACAUCCACACUGCAGACACCUCCAAGAUUCUCACAGGUGGUGCCGACAAAAAUGCCGUCGUGUUUGACAAAGAGAGCGAACAGGUGGUCUGCAUCCUCAAGGGUCACCGACAGAAGGUUAACAAUGUGCUGUACCAUCCUUCAGAGAACCUGGUGUUCACAGCAUCACCAGACUCAACCAUUCGAGUAUGGGGGGUGCCUAGUGGACAGUGCAGUAACAUCAUCCAGGCACAUGAUGGCGCUGUUACCGGCAUCUCACUUCAUGCCACAGGAGACUUCCUUCUGUCAGCCUCAGAGGACCAGUUCUGGGCGUUCUCAGACGUGCGGACAGGUCGUGUGCUGACUAAGGUCACUGAUGAGUCCAGUAAGACAUCGCUGACUUGUGCCCAGUUUCACCCUGAUGGCCUGAUCUUCGGCACGGGGACAGACGACAGUCAGGUCAAGAUCUGGGACCUGAAGGAGAGAACUAACGUCGCCAACUUUCCAGGACACUCUGGUCCCAUCACUGCCAUUGCCUUUUCUGAGAACGGCUACUACCUGGCUACUGCUGCAGAUGACUCCAUGGUUAAGCUCUGGGAUCUGAGGAAACUGAAAAACUUCAAGACUAUUUCACUGGAUGAGCGUUAUGAGGACAGAUACGAGAUCAAGUCCCUGUGUUUUGACCAGAGUGGUACCUACUUGGCUGUGGCAGGCAGUGAUAUCAGGGUGUAUCUGUGUAAGCAGUGGCAGGAGCUGGUGGUGAUGAAGGAACACACGGCACCGGUCACCUCCAUCAAGUUUGGGAACCACGCAGCCUUCCUGGCCUCCACCAGCAUGGACCGCUCCCUCAAGAUCUAUGGGCUAUAGAUGGUCCAGAGAAAAUAAUUCAAGCUACCACUGAAUGUAGAAACUCGCUGAAAGACAGGUUGUAGAUAGAUGGGUUGUUUACACAUGACAUUAAUCUCCAAGCAGAUCCUACGGUGGCAUAAGAUAGUAUCAAAAGCUGGCAGAGGAGUGAAACCGGCUUAGGAGUGAGUUUCGCUACCGGCAAAUGGACACCUCUUGACUGACCAGUUUGGCCAGUUUGGUACUAUCUUAUGCCAUUGUAGGAUCUGCUUGGAGAUUAACAUGACAUCACAGCUGCCAUCCAUGUUGGGUGAUCCUUAAGAGUCAGGCUUCAAAAUGCGUUUGAUGUCAGAAUUAUCAUUACAUUAAUUCAAGUUUACCUGGCAACAUUCCGAUGUAACAUCCAAUAUGAUGAAUAUCAACAAUGACGCAAGUAAACAAUUGAUGGUGAACAACAUCUGCACCAUAGUUAGGUAAGGACAAACACAUGGAAUAGCUGAUGUCCUUAUUUCUGACUUUGACAUUCUGAGUAAAACCCACUCCAGAGAAAUGACUGUACUUGGUUAAGCAGAGGAUCAGCUUCUAUCUAUGGCAACAUUGCAGAUGUGUACACCCCUCUCACACAAACACAAACCUGCAAACAGAAAAAUUGUUUUUCCAAAGGUGUCACAACUUCAACAAGACAGAUUCCAGACUUAACCCCUUCACAUACCAUAUCCCCACACCUCACUAACAUUGGGUGAAGUAAAAAUGAAAUUCAUACAGGAUAUGUAUAGACUGUUGCUACCAGUAACAACAACAGUACAUAUAACAUGAUUUCAUACAGUCUUUUGUGGCCCAUGAUUACAAGAUUCCCUUUUGUAUACAUCCAUCCAUCAGUGCCAUAUCAUCCAUAUAGGCAGUAUACAUGGACUUGUGUAGUAUACAGCUUGGGGAACUUUGCAGCUGGUUGAAAAGAUGAUGAUUGAUAGCAAGAGUAACCUGAGAGUCACAACAAUAAUGCCUUCUCUUUCAGUCUAGAUGGUAUCAGGUGGACCAGAUAUAUGAACUGUAGAAUCUGAUAUAUGGCAGAUGGGGUAGAUUGUAGACCAGUAAAGCCUAAGGGGUUAUACUUCGGAGAAGUACCAGGGAAACCACUGUGUAUUUGUGUUUGUAUUUACACUUUCUGUUUCACAUUUUGGAUGGAUGGCAUUUAAGUGUGUUACUUUGUAAUAAGUUUUUCAUUUUACAGUUUAGUACAUAUUUUCUAUACCUUAUGUAGAAUAACCUAUUUCCAUUGGAUAAAUCAGUGAUUUAGUGAAAAUUGUUGAUCUUCUACUGUACCAUUGCCUCAACAUAAAAAUAUGCUUUGUGGGUACUCCUGUAACAAUUACGUUUUGAAGAGUGGAGAGUAGUAAAUUUGUAGGAUUCUACCACUAAAAUGAUGACCUUCCAAAUCGACAGAUUUUUGUAGUGACAGUACAUUGUACUUCUUUGUAAGAAUUGUCUGUUAAGAAGUCCAGAAGAUUAGUGCUUUGCCCUUAGGCAUGCCAUUAUUGGAUAAGGUCUCAAAGUACUCAUUACUUCUAUUCCUUUUUCCGCAUAGGUUUCUAAUAAACAUAGCAAGGAAAAGAGA